AUGAAACCCCCACGACCCAUCCUCCCGUUCCCCAUCCCCCUUCACAUCGGCACCGACAUAUGCCGCGUCUCGCGCAUCCUCUCCAUCCUGACGAAUCCGAAGCGCGGGAGGCGGUUUGUCGAUCGCGUGCUCUCGCCCGAGGAGAGGGGGUUGAGGCGCGUGAGGAGCGCUUUGGGCGAGGGGUAUUGGGGGAAGGAGGCGUGGAGGGGUGGUGAUGUUGGGGUGGCGGAGUUUGUUGCUGGACGAUUCGCAGCGAAAGAAGCCGCGUUCAAGGCGCACCCAUUUCGGCGAUUAACGUUUCACGAUAUUGUCAUUCGACCUACGUCCGACGGAGAGGAAUCCGGGCCCAUCGUCGCCGUUAUACGGGGCGAGGAGGUGGAUCAAAUGGCGAUGGUGUCCAUUAGCCAUGAUGGGGACUAUGCGACGGCCGUCUGUUUGGGAUUUGAUCCUACGAGGAAACAGCCGAGUGAUCGGUGA